AUGGUGGAUUUUACUGUUUAUCGAGCUACCGUGUUUGUCUUGAUCUGCUUACUUAAGGGACAAGUUAUGCACCAACUAAAAAGUAGAUCAAAAGGGAAGCAGUAUUUUUUGGCUUUCAAAUCAGAUAUGAGUAAAGCCUAUGAUCGUGUCGAAUGGGUGUUUCUAAAAGCUUUAAUGGUGGUCAUGAAUGGGUCUCCGCGUGGGUGCCUAAUGCCGGGCAGGGGAAUCCGCCAGGGUGAUCCCCUUUCGCCUUAUCUUUUUAUUCUUUGUGUUGAGUGCCUAUCUGGUAUGCUUCAACAAGCUGUAACUUCUAAUCUAGUCCAGGGAUUUCAAGUGGCUAGGGGUGGCCCAUCAAUCUCCCAUUUGUUCUUUGCGGAUGACAGCCUUUUCUUCUCUUCGGGCCAGCAAGUGAAUCCAGAAAAAUCAAAUAUUUUCUUCAACCCAAAUACUCCAGAGGCAAGGCGGGUAGAGGUGUCCCAAUGGCUUGGUAUUGCCAACUCCAUUCAGCACCAAAAAUACUUGGGCCUUCCUGCCUUUAUAGGGCGUUCUAAGAAAGAGAUUUUCAAGAUUCUCCGUUCUAGGAUUCUGGCUCGUAUCAAAGGGUGGAAGGAAAAAUAUCUUUCUAAAGGUGGUAAGGAGAUUCUUUUAAAAGCAGUAGCGCAAGCAAUCCCUGCGUAUGCUAUGUCUUGUUUCAGGAUUCCUAGCUCAGUUUGCAAAGAGAUUUCUCAGUUGAUGGCCAGAUUUUGGUGGGGCAAUGGUGAGGUCAAGCGUGGUAUCAAUUGGCUUAACUUGGAGCGAAUUUGUUGUCCUAAAAAUCUUGGAGGCUUGGGUUUUCGGAAUAUGGACUCAUUCAAUCAAGCCCUUCUUGCUAAACAAGGAUGGCGCCUUCAGACUGAUCCUCAUUCUUUAUUUCCAAAAGUGUACAAGACAAGGGGAAUUCGUUGGCGAAUAGGUGAUGGGUCUAGCGUGAGAGUGGGUCUUGAUACUUGGCUGCCAAGGCCUGUUACUUUUAAACCUAUUUCUUGGCUUCCUGAUGAUAUAAUCAAAGGUGCUCCUGUGGCCUCUCUUAUUAAUCAAGCCACUCAUUCGUGGGAUAUAGACCGAGUUCAAAAUAGCUUCAUCCCUUCAGAUGUGGAGUUAAUCCUCUCUAUUCCUAUAAGCCCUUUCCGUGCUGUAGACCAUAUUUUAUGGCAUUGGGAUAGCAAAGGAAGAUUUUCGAUAAAAUCUACUUAUCAUGUGGCCCAGGGUCUGAAAGCUGAAAUCUCUGUAGGGGAUCUUCCUCCUCUGAUAUAUGCUCCUAUCCUUGGGCUCCAUCAGCCUCCCUCGAAGGCUUGUCUUUUUAUUUGUUCUGCUUGGGUUAUAUGGAACAAUCAGAAUAACUUUCUCCAUAACCAAAGAAGCAGAGAUGCUGCUGAGACAAUGUCUUUUGUGUGCUCUUAUGUUCAAGAGCUGUCAGCGUUGGCUACUAGGGCCUCCUUGCCUACCCAAGCCCGUGUCCCAACCCAGAGUGGUUGCUGGCAGCCACCAUCUUUGAAUGGUUUUAAGCUGAAUGUUGAUGGUGCUGUCUUUGCUGCGGACCAAUCCAUUGGGAUUGGGGGUGUCUUGCGAGACCAUAAGGGGGAGGUGUUUAUGUCAUUUGUUGAAGUCAUUUAUGGAAAGUUUGGGCCAAUUAUUGCUGAAGCCUUUACAGUCCUUCGUGGGAUGCAGUUGAGUGGAGAGGCUGGGUUUAGAGAUUUCGUGGUGGAGUCGGAUUCUUCAAUUUUUAUCACUGCUAUCUCCUCUGACUCGCACCAGCUUUCAGUGUAUGGCCAUCUUGUUGAUGCUGUUCGUGAUGUGCCUAGGUCUAUGGGGUGUGUGUAUUUUCAAUUUGCAAACCGUUUAUGUAAUUCUGUUGCUCAUACUCUUGCUAGGAAUGCGCAAGUGUUGGGGCCUUUUAGAGUCUGGUUAGAAGACUUCCCACCUUGUAUAGGCCCUGCUCUCCUGAAAGAUGUUUCAUCUUUCUUUUCUGAUUCUUAA